UGAUUAUGUAUAAGGAAUGAUACCAUCUGUACUCUGUGUAUUAAUAACUACUUGCUGCAUCUCUACCACUGCAGGAGUAAGGGUUCUCACAGACUUGCAUAUGUUUAUAUAGGUCCCCAAGCCUCAGAGGGUGCUGACGUGAAGACUUCUGCAUUGCCUACUUCCUCCAGGAUGGCUAAAUUCCCUUUCCUCAGGAAAUCCUCCCGUACAGACACAUCUGGGAAUUGGACGGGGAAUCACUGUCCUCUGCACCUUUCUCCCAGUUCCAACUGCUGGUGAAAUAUUAACCGCGACUGUCUGUCCUGCACACCACAUUCCCCCAUGGACGGCAGGAUCCUGCACCCUCAAUAAGCCUCCUGCAGCACUAUACCCCAAUCACCGGAACCCAAUAAAUCAAAGUUUUUGUUUCUUCUUCACUUUCUGGAUAUUCCCGGCUCUGGAUAUAAAUCACCAGGACAGCACUUUGGAUUUUCUCUUAUGAAAGUAAAUCUCCAUCUGAUGAGAUGGAAAAUGCGGGGCCCCUACAUAUGAAGACUUGGAUAUGGGUGUGACUGGUUUACUUAUCCUGCUACAAAUGUUGCUUGUUACUGUGAAGCUUCUGUCCGCCGCCCCGACUACCUGCAAUAUCGUGGAUCCUCUAAUCCGAGCUGCCCUAGAACAGGAAAAGCUAAUGAACAUCCCGUGUGACUUCGACGAAGGCGUCAGUGUGCCGGAGCCGAAUAUGAACGCGGAAUGGCGUAAGCUGCAGACACCGCAGCAGGCGGAUGAGGUCCAGCAAGGGCUCGCCCUUCUCCUCGCCUCGGCGCCCAAGGUAAAGACGUUCCUCUCCAAGUGCAGACUGGACUGGUCAUCACAUAUAUUCUCCAGCAACACGCGGACACUGAAAAACGUACUAGAGAGGUUCCAGACGCAGGCUGGAGCGCACAUGGCGCAGCGAGAAGCCCGGACGCUCGCUGUACACACUUCCCAGCAAUUCUACACUGUUUACAGAAACUUUUUACAAGGGAAAUACAAAACUCUUCUCUUGUCCGAAUGCAAGAGGGCUCAGCGCAAAUGAGGCGAGCGCGGCCCAGUCACCGUUACUCCACUCCACGCAGCAGAGACUGAGAUCACCCGCACCGUGCCGCCGGACAGUUCCGCGCCUUUCCAUGCUUGUGUCUCAUUAAUGGGAAAAAGAAAAAAAACCAAAGAGGUCAAAACGCUGUCAAGAUAUUUUAUAUUUGAUAUUAAGUUAAAAAAAACAAAACUGUAAAG